AUGACCGAGAAUGCAACGCGCCCAUUGAACGGUAUGAGUGCCAACCUGGUUUCACGUCGUACGGUCGACUUUCAUCCCGAAAGCACGGUCAAAGUGCUCCCUAUCCACCCUAAGGGUGUUGACGAUAGCUCCGACAGCGCCUCCGUCUCCUCCGCCUCAGAAACACACGAAGCGAUCACUACAGGGGAGCGAAAGCGGCCGAUAAUGACUCGCAAAGCCUCUUCGCCUAUGGCGCCCACCUUCAUGGUGUCCGCGCCGGGCAAGGUUAUCGUCUUUGGCGAGCAUGCUGUGGUCCACGGCAAGGCUGCUAUGGCCGCAGCUAUCUCUCUUCGCUCCUACCUUCUUGUCACUACCCUCUCUAAAUCACAGCGCACGAUAACGUUGAACUUCCGGGACUUAGGUCUUAGUCACACUUGGGAUAUUGACACCCUACCCUGGGACAAGUUCCACGAGCCGUCAAAAAAGAAGUUUUACUACAGCCUUGUCACCGAACUCGACCCAGAACUUGUCGACGCAAUCGAACCGCACCUCCAGGGCGUCUCUAAGGGCCUCCCAGAGGAGCAGCGCAACAUCCACAUCCGCUCCGCAUCCUCAUUCCUCUACCUCUUCCUCUCCCUAGGCUCCCCGCAAAGUCCAGGCGCCAUCUACACUCUUCGAUCCACCAUCCCUACCGGAGCUGGCCUAGGCAGUAGUGCUAGUGUCUGCGUCUGUCUUAGUUCUGCGCUGCUUCUUCAAAUCCGCACUCUCGCCGGGCCCCACCCAGACCAGCCGCCGGAGGAGGCAGAGACACAGAUCGAGCGUAUCAACCGCUGGGCAUUCGUUGGAGAGCUCUGUAUUCAUGGCAAUCCUAGCGGGGUGGACAACACAGUAGCCGCGGGCGGCAAGGCUGUGAUUUUCCGGCGCGACGAUUAUACGAAGCCUCCAACAGUCAUCUCGCUGCCCAAUUUCCCUGAACUCCCUCUCCUACUUGUUAACACCCAACAAGCGCGUUCCACAAAGACAGAAGUCGACAAAGUCGGAGCUCUAAGAGAUGCCCAUCCUAUCGUGACGGAGUCAAUACUUAACGGCAUCGAUCAAGUCACACGCUCUGCACAACGUUUAAUCGAGGACCCUAGUCUCGAAGGCAUCUGUGACACCACCCUCGCCCACUUCGGAACCCUGAUCCGUAUCAACCACGGCUUCCUUGUCUCCCUGGGCGUCUCUCACCCCCGUCUUGAACGCAUUCGUGAACUGGUCGAUUACGCCGACAUCGGCUGGACAAAGCUGACCGGUGCAGGCGGUGGGGGAUGUGCGAUUACCCUCCUCCGGCCCAAUGCGAAGGCGGAAGUCAAGCAGGACCUCGAACAAAAGUUCGAUGAGGAAGGUUUCACUACGUACGAGGUUACCCUCGGCGGUGACGGUGUUGGUGUUCUCUACCCGGCUGUCCUACGCAAUGGUUCGGACGAAGAGGGUGGCGAGGAGAUCGAUCAACAGAAGUUCGAAAAUGCCGAGGGCCCUGAGGGUAUUGAGCGUCUUGUUGGUGUCGGAGUGGAGGAGAGGAGAGAGGGCUGGAAAUUCUGGAAGCGAGCUUCGAAUUAA